CCUCCACCUCCACCUCCACCUCCUCUGAGAGUCAGUCCACAGCCCAGAAUUUCUUCUUUGGAUGCAGGACGCAGGAGGAACUCCGGUCGUCUGAGAACCAGAGACUCUCUGUUCUUCUUGGUCUUCAGACGACGGACCUGGACUUUGUUUUUCUUCUUCUUCUUCUUCUUCUUCUUCUGUUCCACCAGUGUUUCCUUCAGUGUGAAGUGAUGCACUGAGGUGAGGAACUUCAGAGAGCUCACCCACGUCAACCGAAGGAGACCAAAGUUCUGGAGGAAUUCUGGACUCCCACUUUGUUGAGGUUCCUAGAACGAGCUCUGGGAGACCCCUCCCUUCUCUGGCCCUCCGUCCCACCCCUCCGUCACCCCGGGCUACUCUGGGCUCUGCCCUCCUGCCAUCAUGCAGGUGUCCAUCGCCUGCACUGACCACAACCUGAAGAGGGGCAACGGUGACCACAGCAAGCAGAAUGCCACCAGCCCCAACGUGGUGAACCAGGCCAGGGCCAAGUUCCGCACCGUGGCCAUCAUCGCCCGCAGCUUCGGCUCCGUCACGCCGCGACACAUCUCCCUCAAAGAGUCCACGGGGAAAUACACCGGCAUGAAGUACAGGAAUCUGGGGAAGUCUGGACUGAGAGUGUCGUGUCUGGGACUCGGAACGUGGGUGACGUUCGGAGGACAGAUAACAGACGAGGUUGCAGAGCAGCUCAUGACCAUCGCGUACGAGAGUGGCGUCAACCUGUUCGACACAGCUGAGGUCUACGCGGGGGGCAGGGCUGAGGUCAUUCUGGGGAACAUUAUCAAGAAGAAAUGUUGGAGACGCUCCAGCCUCGUCAUCACGACCAAACUCUACUGGGGAGGGAAAGCAGAGACAGAGAGAGGACUGUCCAGGAAACACAUCAUCGAAGGUCUAAAAGGUUCUCUACAGAGGAUGCAGCUGGAUUAUGUGGACGUAGUGUUCGCCAACCGACCGGACAGCAACACCCCAAUGGAGGAGAUCGUCCGGGCCAUGACGUACGUCAUCAACCAAGGAAUGGCGAUGUACUGGGGCACGUCUCGAUGGACGGCCAUGGAAAUCAUGGAGGCGUACUCUGUGGCCAGACAGUUUAACCUGAUCCCCCCCGUCUGUGAGCAGGCCGAGUACCAUCUCUUCCAGAGGGAGAAGGUUGAAGUGCAGCUUCCUGAGCUCUAUCACAAGAUUGGGGUCGGAGCGAUGACGUGGUCGCCGUUGGCGUGUGGCGUCAUCACAGGGAAGUAUGAAAAUGGUAUUCCUGAGUCGUCCAGGGCUUCCAUGAAGUCGUACCAGUGGCUGAAGGAGAAGAUCGUCAGCGAUGACGGCAGGAAGCAGCAGGCCAAGCUGAAGGAGCUGAACCACAUCGCUGACAAGUUGGGCUGCACGCUGCCUCAGCUGGCCGUGGCCUGGUGUCUCAGGAAUGAAGGCGUGAGUUCGGUGCUUCUGGGAACGUCCAACCCCGAGCAGCUGACGGAGAACCUCGGGGCGAUUCAGGUUCUUCCUAAGAUGAAUUCACACAUAGCGACUGAAAUCGACCACAUCCUGGGCAACAGGCCGUACAAUAAGAAGGACUACCGCCCCUAGAUGGCGCUGUUGUUUCUCUGCCCUUCUUCACCACACCAUCACCAAGUGUCCAAAGUCCUGGGUCUGUCCUCCUCAGACCCUGGUCACAUCCCGUCCUCCUCAGACCAGGUUCAUCUCAGGUCCAGUCCAGCUCCACCCGUCUCUCCUGGUUCUUCACAGCCUAAAAACCCAAACAUCUCAAACCGUGUGAAUCCAAACCUUCUUUUUUUCCCACCUGUUGAAACAUUGACUAUGCAGCGUUUCUUUUGACACACUGAACCACAGCCUUAUUAACCUAAAGCACACGUCUCCCUUCAUGGCCACACAGUACCUCAGUACCAGCAGUAUUUGUCUCACUUCAGUCCCUCCACUCAGUAAAGCAUGAGCUGCUGGUUAACUCACGGUAACUAGCAGUUAACUGGUUAAUGCAUGAACGGACUCCUUUAAUCCAGAGGUGUUUGACAGUGGAGGCGCUGGUGUGUUGAUGUAACCAGCGCCCCCUGCAGUGCAGUGAACACUGCACCUCUGUGGAACACUGCAUGACGUAGAACGUUUAACAAACGUACGGCGGCCUGUGCAGCCAAUCAACUAACCUUUGACCUUUAAUGACUUGACCACAGAUUUGCAUCAUUCAAAAACAGAACCGUUCAUAUUAAAGGCUGCGAACCCUGAGUUUAGAACCGGACAUGUGCAUGAAGAACAUUGUUCACCGUCCUGGAGCCUCUACGAAGCAGGGAAUUGUGGGAUUAUCAGCAUGUGUGGCGUUAAUGACGCCUGUUGGUCACAUGUGGUACUGCAGGUGUGAGGAGAGUCUAUCCAAGGAACGAGGGUUCGAUUCCCAGCCUGCUGCUUCAUGACCCAGUACAGCACGUGGUUCAGACACCAGGGACGAUAAAAGUAUUUAUUGUAGAGUAGUCAAGAAAUAUCAAAUUUAUUUUGACAUUUUUUGUUUGUCAUGUAUAUAAAUGUUAAGGAACUCUGACGAAGCUGUGUCAGACGACACCGUACUGUAACCACCAAAUAUAAAUAAGCUGUAAAUAGAGUUAUUUUCAUGCUCCUCUGUAGCGCCCCUACAGGACAUAGGUUGCAGUGUUUGAAGUUCACCUCCAAUAAUCUGCUCCAGAGUUGAUUUAAUCUUUGAUUUAUUUUUUAAUAGUUCAGUCAGUGUUUUAGGAGUUAGCCAAUGACGUUCCCUGGAUUCUUUUCUGGAAGACAAGCCAUCCCAGGAAUCAGCUGGCCCGUUGGCUGAGUUCCCAUUGGCUGUAAGUUUGACCUUUGACCUUGGCUCUGGUUGAUUCUAAUCAAAGGACGUUUCAGCAGAUCACAGCCACGUGUUUCUGACGGAGACACCAACACUGAUCUGUGGUUGGUUCGUUACUCAUCUGAACGACAGCCUCGUGUCCUGACCCCCCCCCCCCCCCCCCCCGUCUGUGAUGCAAAUGAUUAGAGAAACACUGUCCACAAACAUCCAGGAAAAUGUUUGCCUUAAAUAGAUGUUCAUUAAAUCUAUUUAUCUCUAUAUUUAAUGUUUUGUAAUAAAACAUCAACAUAUAUGUAGUAUGUUUAAUGUACUGCAGUAGUACCCGACCAUCUGUGUGUUUAUUUAUACUAUAUAUUCUACUUUAACCCUUUAGGAGAAGAGAAAAGUGACGCCGACGCAGCAUAAACACCUGCUCGCUUUUAUUUAUUUGUUACAAAAACACAGAGGACGAGACCUGAGGAAACGUCUGGAGACAUUUGAUCGUGGAUUUCAUGAGGCUGAAAUGUGAAACUCACUUCCUCUUCAAAACCCCAGUCCUUCCUCAUUAAAAAUACC